UUGAAAUAGGUAUUUUAUUUCGCUUUUUAAAUUAUGCAAAGUUCACGUGAGAUAUCAAGUAAUAUUUAAAGUACGGAAACAGGUGAUUACUGAAUACUAAUAUUUCGGAAGAAAACAGUUAUUGAUGAUUCAUUAGUGCGAUAGCAUUGUAGAAAAUAUGUAGAAUUAAGUUUUCAAGGAUGAAGAUUAAUAUUUUCUGGACAACAUUUAUCUUGCAGUUUUUUGAUAAUGAUUCAAGCAUUAUCGCAUAAUUAUGUCGAAGAAGAGAUGCAAUCAGUAUUCAAUAGAACUGAUUUGAAAUGUCCAAUGAAAUGUAACAAGCAUCCGUCAAUAUAUCAGAUGUCUUGCUGUAUUUGUCGUUCCAAAUCGGAUGUUACAAAUCUUGGACAUUUAACUAUAGUAAACAAAAGAAAUCAUUAUGAUCCAAAAAUUGUAAAUCAUGGAAGUAAACAUGAACUUUAUGCGCUGAAUCAUCGAUAUGGUUAUCUUGAAUUUCUGCCUGGGAACAUAUGUAAUUUUAAAGGGCUGUUUAUGAUUGAUUUGUCCUUCAACAAGAUAAAGACUAUAGAUACAAUUUCGUGCUUGACAAACUUAGAUACUCUGCUGCUUCGUGGCAACAAUAUUCAGUAUAUGAAUAAUUACACGUUCGUGAAUAUGAGGUUCCUUCGUACAAUUGAUUUAUCAUUUAAUAAAAUCAGUUUAAUGGAUCCAGGUUUUCUCAUUAAUAUGAAUGGAAAUUUAUUCUAUCUGAACUUAUCUUUUAAUGAGAUGUCCACUCUAGAUAUCACAAAUGCAAUAGCAUCAAAACAGGAAUAUUUUUGCCGUGCAGAUUACUCCCAUAACUCAAUAAAAUUAAUAACAAAUGAACAAUCAUGGAAAUUAAAAACCAAUACCACACUUGGUCACGGAGGAAUGGUGAAUCUGUCAAAUAAUUCACUUACAUCGUUUUUUGAUGUGAAUACAUUGCGUUUCCUUGGCUUUGAUCACCCUCUCCUAAUUGGAAGACUUAUAUACUAUGGAUUUGACUUAAGAGAUAAUAAAUGGAACUGUGACUGCAAAAUUUAUCAAUUUGCGAAAGCAGCAGAAAGACUUGCACAGGUAAUGACAAGGGAUUACUUUGACGUUAAAUGUUAUGCCCCGGAAACAUUGAAAGGUAAAUUAAUGGUAACAAUUAUAAAAGAACGUCAAUAUGAUGGUUUAAUUUGUAACUUGUCGUUAGCAGACAAAUGUCCUCCGAAUUGUCGCUGUAUAUAUCAACCAGCUGUUAGAAAUAGGACAAUCAUUGACUGUUCAGAGUUGCAUCUCACAAAGCUUCCACGCAUGCUUCCAAAUUACAAUGUGUUAGAAGUUGAUUUAUCAAAUAACAGCAUAGACAAUCUGCCAAAUCAGUUUAGAUACAUACAUAAACAUGGACGAAAAAUUAAACACUACUUCGAGCGUAUUCGAAUUUUUAAUUUUUCAAAUAACCAAAUCCGAAUAUUACCACGCUCAAAUUUGUUUCUUUUAAGAAAAGCAGAAAUCGAUUUUAGGGGAAACAAUAUUAAUUCAUUACACAGAUCUAUUGAGCAAUUAAACCCUUGCAACAUUUAUCUAGGCAUUAUAGAGAUGCAAUGUAAAUGUGAAGAUAUUUGGUUGCAACAAUGGCUUCCAAAAAGUGAUUCUAAAUGUUACAAAAAUGUACAAGUUUUGUGUCGGUUUACAGAACAAUUAAUAUCCAUAAAGUAUAUGACAAGGAAAGACCUUGGAUGUAGAAUACCGGAUACUAAUUUCAUAUGGAUAAGUACAAUUAUCGUUGUGGCGUUCAUUACUGUCGUUUUACUUUCGGCAAUUAUAUUUUCCUUUCGAUUCGAGAUAUUUAUAAUUGGACGGAAAUUCAUAAAAUAUUUUAGAGGAACUUCUCAUUCUUUGAAAUUGUGUUACGACGUAUAUAUUGCGUGCAAUGAAGAAGAUGAAAAGAUUCGUUUGUGGCUGACAACGAAUUUACUGCCUAAUCUAGAGUUGAACAACAUGCUUAAGGUGUUUUGGCCCUGCAGAGAUAGUGAAAUAGGAGUACCUCGCGAAGAGGAAAUGAUACAUGUGAUGUCCCAUACUCAAACUGUUAUCAUCAUUUUGAGUGAAGAGUAUAAAGGACCUGUUCGUUGGAAUGAAAAAGAAUGGAAACAUGCCUGGCACAAUUAUACACAUGAUCUGAACAAGGAAAUUAUUAUUGUUAAUUACGAUCUACUGGAGGCAAAUGAAAUCGCAAAGCAAUAUUUGGGAGCAUUUCUCCGAAUUGGACAAUUUAUUGAUUUUUCUAAUCACAAGAAGUCGAUAGAGGACGAAAUAGCCUCCUUACUUACAAAACAAGAUAAAAAGUUAAAAAAAUACGAUAGAAAAAACUUUUCUCAUUCUCAAAUAGAUGAUGAAAAAUUCCCAUUUCUAAAGCAAUAUCCUUUAUAUUCUGAGUUUCGAUGUAAGACAUAGCAGAUAUACAUUUAAGGUUGUAUAAAUUUUCCUUAUGGUGGUACCAAACACCUUGACUAAAAUCAAUUUGGUUCGUUUUAUUUUCAUAAAAUUUUGACAAAAUAUCUACUUUGACCCUUUGACAAAGACAUAAAAAUUUCAAAAAACUUGAACCACACACGUUAUCAGAUAAAUUUCAUUGGAUAUAUAGAAGUUUGACAAAUACUAAUUUUGAUCAUUGAUAAGUUUAAUAUUUCUUUAACAAUAGAACGUGAUUAAAACGUUCAGCUGAUUUUUACAGAGUUAUCUCCCUGUAGUGUUAUGUACCACCUUUACAUAUUAUAUUUUAUAUAUGAAUAAUUAUAAACCUUUUUCUAAAAGUGAUUUCUUCAAUUCUGUUUCAGCAGACAAAUAAUUUGUUAUUAUGUAUAUGCUUGCAUUAAACUUGGGACUUUUCCAAAUGAUAAAUAGGUUCAGUGUAGAAGGAAGACUUCCUGGUCUAAUUUUAAACUACUUCAAAAAAGUUUAAAUUGCAUAUAGUGAGUUAUUAUAUUGCAUGUAAAUAUUUGUAAUAAUGAAAUCUGUUUCCAUUUUUUAAGUGGUUUUAGAAUUAAUAAGUACAUAACCAAAUUGUAAAUGAGGCCCUUCAUGGAUAUACCUGUUUAUAAUAGUUAUAUAGAUUUUUGCAAUGUUAACAUUUGUAAAUAAACUCAUUAUUGAUA